GGCGCACUCUUCCCUGUGGUACAGGGCCACAGUGCCCAGUGGCCUGCUCCUUGCCCUGGCUCCCGCAAGCAGGAAAUCUUGGAAAAUGUAUACAAGCCAUGAAGAUAUUGGCUAUGAGUUUGAAGAUGACCCCAAGGACAAGAAGACGCUCAAGGCCCACCCGGACAUCGAUGGCGGAUGGGCCUGGAUGAUGGUCCUGUCGUCUUUCUUUGUGCACAUCCUCGUCAUGGGCUCGCAGAUGGCCCUGGGAGUCCUCAACGUGGAGUGGCUGGAAGAGUUCGGCCAGAGCCGCGGCCUCACGGCCUGGGUCAGCUCGCUCAGCAUGGGCAUCACCUUGAUCGUGGGGCCCUUCAUCGGCGUGUUCAUCAACACCUGUGGCUGCCGCCGGACCACCAUCACCGGGGGGCUGGUGAACGCCCUGGGCUGGGUGCUGAGCGCCUACGCUGCGAACGUGCGCUGCCUCUUCAUCACCUUCGGGGUGGCAGCAGGCCUCGGCAGCGGGAUGGCCUACCUGCCCGCCGUGGUCAUGGUGGGCCGCUACUUUCAGAAGAGGCGAGCCCUGGCGCAGGGCCUCAGCACCACCGGGACAGGGGUCGGGACCUUCCUGAUGACGGCGCUGCUCAAGUACCUGUGUGCCGAGUACGGCUGGCGCAACGCCAUGUUCAUCCAGGGCGCCGUGUCGCUGAACCUGUGCGUGUGCGGGGCGCUCAUGAGGCCCCUGGCUCCCCGGAGGGACGGGAACGGCCCGGGAGGGAGCGAGCCGCGGGUCCUGCCCGCGCACUCGGCGGAAUCCUUGAAGUCCUGUGGGCCCCCGGGCAGAACAGAGGAGCCAGAGGAGCCGGAGGGCGGCCCGGGGAAGCAGGAGACCCCCUGCGCCCCCGCAGGCCAGGAGUGCCUCGCCGAGGCCCCGCCCGGGCAGGACGCGCGAGCCCUGGGGCUGCUCAAGGCCGUGAGCCGCCUCACCGUGCGCGCCCGCAGGGGCUUCGGGGUCUGGUCCUCGGGCUGCCUUGGGACGGCCUCGCUCUUCACCAACCGCGUGUUUGUGGCCUUCCUCUUCUGGGCGUUGUUUGCCUACAGCAGCUUUGUCAUCCCUUUCAUUCACCUGCCCGAAAUCGUGCACCUGUACAACCUGUCGGAGCAGAACGACGCGUUCCCGCUGACUUCCGUCAUCGCCGUCCUGCACAUCCUCGGCAAAGUGUUCCUGGGCGUCGUGGCCGACUGCCCCUGCGUCCGCGUGUGGGACGUCUUCCUGCUGGCCAACCUCACGCUGGCCCUCAGCAUCCUCGUGCUGCCGCUCACGCGCACCUACGCCGGCCUGGCCGUCCUCUGCGCGCUCAUCGGCUUUUCCAGCGGCUACUUCUCGCUCAUGCCGGUGGUAACCGAGGACCUGGUGGGCAUCCAGCGCCUGCCCAGCGCCUACGGCAUCAUCAUCUGCGCGAACGGCAUCUCUGCCCUGCUGGGGCCGCCCUUCGCAGGGUGGAUCUACGACAUCACACAAAAAUAUGAUUUUUCCUUCUAUAUAUGUGGUUUGCUUUACAUGAUAGGAAUACUCUUUUUACUCAUUCAACCGUGUAUUCAAAUUAUAGAACAAUCCAGAAGAAAACACAUGGACGGUGCACAUGCUGAGUGUCCGUAAGGUUUCGUGUUGCAUUUCACUGUUGUGCUCAUGCCUACCUCACGUGGCUGCGGUGAGGAGCCUGGGACAUAGGUGGGAAAUCAUUUUGUCCAGUGACUGGUGCUGUCACUUGUCAAUGCCGUUGUCACUGCUUCAUUCGUACGCAGCACUGCCUGUGUGGGGAGAGGCAGCGCUGGAGAGGGAGCAAGGACUACGUGCAUUUUAGAGAUGACAAUGCCCCUUGGUGACAGCCUCUGGAAUGCUUGGAAGACAUGCCCUUGGGAAAACCAUUCUCUCUUGUCACCCACUGAGACCAGGGUUUCAGAUGCAGCUUUUUUAUUGCAGAGACAGAGAAUGAAAACUUCAACUCAACUACUCCUUUGUAAGGUGGAACCUGAGUAUCUGCUUCCAGAGAGCUUAUGGGUGAACGGGUCUCAAGCACAACAAUGUGACUAGGCUUCGGAAAUUAUGUAUUACAGGGAGCUAUUGAUCUACCAGUGUAAAACAAAGGCAGGCUCCAAUGUCAAAGAUAAUAUCAUUCAGUACAAUUAAAGAGACACAGUUGAUAUUUUUAUGAAAGGAUUCUGCAAGUAGUGAGUACAAUUUAUGAAUCUUCCUCUAAGAGAAGGCAUUUGCCAUCAAUCCUGAUUCAAUAUGAUCCAGUUAAGAACUGAAUCUUAAGAUAAAAUCCAAACAAAUAAAUCAUACUAAUGAGUUCCUUAGCGGAAGCCAUAUUUGUACUCAAAUCCAUGAAUCAAGGGCUAUGACUCAAACAUUUUCGCUCGCCUCCCUCAGCCUGUCUUAGCUUCUGAGCAUGAUCUGGGAUCUCUCACAGCGUUUUGCUGAGUUUCUCUUGCUGAUAGUUGCUAACAUAUGAUUUCAGAGGUUAAAUCACUUGUAAAGCAUGUUGCUCAUCCCGAACCCAAGACUAUCAAGUUAGGAGGGUGAUGAAGGGAAGAUGCUGGUGCACCUGACAUUGGCAGGGGUGGGCAGGUAACAGCCCCCUCCAAGGUUUCUUCUUCCUUAGACCAUUCCUGUGUGAGCUCGGCACAGUUAGAAAAAUAGUUCAUAUAGCAGAGGACAGUGAUCCCAGACACCCCAUAAAUGCCCCUCCUUUAUCCGAGAUGUCUAUUUUUCUAAGCCAAACAUUUUUCAGACUGCAGAAUAUUCUUCCCAGAAGCACUCUGACAUUUCUGGCUGUCUUACUUAUUAACACAUUCUUUAAAUUUCUACUCACAGUUUUCUCAUUACACACACACACACACACAUACACACACUUCUUUAAUACCCUUGUUAGUGUCCUGGGUCAAAUUUACCUAAAGUGAAAAGAGCCCAGUCUCAAUUAUUUCUGGUGAUUGGAGGCAGGAAUGCUGGGAGGAGCGGCAUCAGAGAGCGCUACCCCAAGCCUACUUCUAGCCAGCAGUUUCAGACAUACUGGAGUUUGCCAAGCCCUCUUGGGCUACUGACAAGUGAUUGAAUGGACAAGUUUCCCUUUUGCUUCUUCUCCAUUGUUCCCUGCUGCAUGUCUACUGGGCGGGGUUAUGUAAAGAACGCAUCACCAAAGUAAUAAUAAGGCAGCUAAUGAAAGGGAGACACAAAGCACGGCGCAUGCGCAUCCUCCCUAUCACCUCCAGGGGACCUAGAACUACCCGUGAAUUAUUGUAGAUAAUCAAUCGCAUGUCACACUCCAUUGGGUUCAAGCCAAUGACCUACUUGGUAUCAUCGUAGCUUUGACUGCUGUUAAAGAAUUCAAGUCUACUUUAGUAAAAGUCACCCUAAAAGCUAAGGCAAUGCUACAUACUUAACCUUGUAAUCGGGAUGAUCCAACUGAAAACCAGACUAGGUGUCUUAAAACUGGCUAUGUUACUUCAUUGCGUUCAUUUUUCUGACAACACCAAGUUAAGCAGAAGCAGUGUUAAGUGUUACGGGUGGUGCUGUCGCCAGUGCGUUUGCACACAUUGCUGGUUGAACUGGUAAAUACUAACUCUUCAUCCAAUGGCCUGGCUUGGAGGACAAUCCACUUCACAGCUUCUCAGCAGUUCGUACAGGUGUUUGUUGACUGACUCUUUAUGGAAGUGGUGACUUCUACCGAAUCCGUAGAAGUCUCCAUUUUACAGAAAGGAGUAAGACCUGCUUGCAUUGUUCAUGUUGACAAGAGAAUAAAAGAAAAUGCCCUGAAGAAUCACAGCAAAUAUUUCCUGCUUGUGUUAUCAAUUCACAGUUCUUUGGAGAUGCCAUAAAGGAUUAAUUGUGUGUUUCUAUCAUGUGCUUCAUAAUUCUCCCCUCAUUUGUCCACUGAUUUUUAUUU